AUGUGCGUGGUUUUAGAGCGGAUUGUACUGCGCCGACUUAUUAAACAUCGCAAGGAAAUAACGCACGACGAGAAAGCCGGCUUUCGUGGCCGAUCAACGAUUGACCAGAUUUUCAUCGAAAAGAAGAGUAAUCGAAAUCUGGUGGCGGUAAUCGGAGCCGGUGCAAUCGCGAGACCCUUUCUGUUCAACUUUGCCGUCGACGAUAUCAUGCGAAGAACAGUUAAGCAAUGUCCCGUUGAUAUGGGUCUUGUGGUGAUGUGGUUCUUGGUUCAAACUCGUGGAUGA